AUGACUCAUCAUCGUCGUCAAUUAAUAACAGAUCUUGAUACUCAUCUAACGAAAUUAUCUAUUCCAUAUCAAUGUCGUAAAUCAUCAUUAUCAUAUGGUAUAUGGAAUACAUCAUUAAAUAUGAUAGAAAUAAUUCAACAACAUCGUUCAGCAGCAAAAUGUUUUCAAUCAAUGGGUAUUACGAAAUAUUCUAAGUUAUAUAUUUAUCCAGAAGAAGCUAUAUAUAUGAUGCAAUCUUCAUUAUUACAAGUAUCAUUAAAUAAUUCGAAUGAAAAACAUAAUUUUCCAUUAUCACUUGAUGAAGCUUAUUCAUUAUGGUUUAAUCAAUCUUUAUUAAAUCUUCAACAUCUUCAUGUUUAUCAAUAUUUAACAAGAAUUGGAUUUAUUUUAAUUCGACAUCAAUCACAAACAGCAAUAGUUGAAAAAAAAGAAAUUCCAUCAAGUGCAACAACACAUACUACUAGUAAACGAAAACGUAAUGAAUAUGAAGAAGAAUCAGUUGAACACCAAGAAAAUGAACAUCAUGAUGAAACUUAUCUUUGUCCGAUUCAUUUAUCAUCUGAUUGUCAACGUCUAUGGUUUCCAAAUUAUACCGAUGAAUCUCCUAUAAAUAUAAAAAAUUAUCCUCGUUUGAUAUUUCCUAGUAAAUUAUCAUCAAUUCAAAUUGACUGGGUUCCAACUGAUUUUAAUACUAAAAUUUCCAAUGUUCAAUUAACUAUCUAUGAAAAUAAUAUUUCAAUACCUCGACCAUCUUAUUCUCUUAUUCGAUCAAUUGAUCUUCAAUCUCAUGCAACAAUAUAUCAACGUUUAUCAUCAUUUUCUUCUCAAUCAGAUGAAACUAUUCCAUCAUCAGCAUCUUCCAAUAUUUUCUUCGAUAUGUAUACACCAAGAAAAAGUUUUCGUAAAACUCAACCAGGCCCACCGGAUUAUUAUAUAAGAAUUCAAAAUGGUAAUGAUGAAUUUAAUUUCAAAGAAAUAUAUAAAGAAUUACAAGAAAAAACUUUAACAGCAGUUGUUCAUAAGGGUGAUGUUUGUUUUUAUUCAUUUAAAUCAUUCGAUCCAGUUCAAGCUUUGCAAUCAAAACAAUAA